GUGAAAAAAGAAUUGGACAUUUGGAGCUCGGAGAUGAGUAGAGGUGUGUGUUAAUAAAUCUAAGAUCUACGAUGUGUUUGUUAAGUAGCAAUAGCAGUAACAGUAAUUACCUGAUUAUCUGCAUCUGUACCAGCAUAAACAUACGUCGCGUAUGUUAAUCACCUGAAAUAAAAUGUAAUAAGGAAAGUACUUUUAGCAAUAACCUGGAUGUAUUAAAUAUAAAUAUAAGUGCACGUUCAAUCAAAAAAAAAAAAUAAAAAAUGAGUUGGCUGAGAAACAGCCCUUUGAGGAAUAGUUUAAAUAAACAAUGGUCCAGAGAUUCACCACCCAAGGAUGCUGACCCUAGUGCUUGCUAUGACAGCUUUUGCAAGCACUGGCAGCAAACAAAUGAAAUUAUUAAGCAAACACGAUCAUCAACAAACUUACCUGUCUACGACGACGUAGUUGCUGUCAUAAAUCAUAUCGAUCAAAUGAUAACGCUCCUGCUAGUUGAAUUCCGCAGCAAUUUUAAUUUUAAAAACCAACAAUUGUCUGCGUCAUCACACUCACCUUGCUUGGAAUACUUGUUGAGCGAAAACUUGCUCGACAUUGUUUAUGAUUGGAGUCUCAGUGUUGGGAGGUACACGAGUUCCAUAAGAUUAGAGUUAAUAAAAUUAUUUGAAUUAAUAAUAACCUUUAAUGGGCCUUUAAUAGGCCACGAGCCGAUAGCAAGGCCAUUGUUGAAAUUAUUAGAAAAUUUUAUCGAUGAUAUGUUGCCCUGUGACAUAGAAAAGAAAUUAAUAAUGUUACUUAAUAGUAUUUGUGUAGCUUUAAUGCAGAAUUUAGCAUUAUUAGACGUUUUUUUUCAUCCACACGCCGAGAAUGAACAACGCAAGUUCAUUAUUUUUACACUAUUGUUACCGCAUGUUCAUCGAGAAGGACCAAUCGGCCAGCAGGCGCGCGAUGCAAUUCUACUUUGCAUGGCUCUGUCAAAAAAAAAUGACCAAGUAGGAAUAUACUUAUCCGAAAACUCAAACGUCUGUCCGGUCCUAGCAACCGGAAUAAGCGGACUGUACUCGUUAUUACCCCGAAAGCUAGAAAUUGAGUAUGAAGACUGGCACAGGUUGACUCCAGAUGAUGUCAACGAUAUUCCGUCGCUGGAGCAUUUGAUGCAAUGCUUCGAGUUCUGUAAUGCCGUAGCACAAAUAACUCAUUCGUCCGUUCAAAAACAGCUACUAGAAUAUCUCUAUCAAGGAUUUUUAGUUCCUGUUUUGGGUCCAGCACUUUUGCAAACUUCUCUUGAUGAAUCCGUCGCUGCUACUGCAUAUUUAGAUUUAUUUUUUCGGUCGACAACGAAUUCGGGAUUGUUGCGUGUUUUAGUUAAAUUUUUAUUAGAAAAAAAUUAUGAUGGAUGUCGUAUACUGGAUACAUUAAUUCAAAGAAUCUCAACAAGAUCUAGGUUGUGUAUAGUAACUCUAGCAUUUUUUGAAACACUAGUAGACCUGAAUUGCGAAGAUAUAAUGCUAGAGUUAUGUUUAUCAGCAUUAUCACCAUGCACACACGUAAUGUUAUCCCAGCGACGUAGACUGCGUGACUUUGAUUUAUUUGGUAACACAGCUAAAAAAUUUUUAUCAUUGCGUCCAAAUUGCUGUUUAUCAUGGCCUCUCACAUCGACCGUUUCUUCAUCGUCUUCUUCAAAUUUAUUUGAACCUAAUAAUUCAACUUCUCCACCAACAGCAACAACCACAACAACGUCUAUGCCAAGUACAAAUUUAAACUCACUGAGUUUCUCCGGAUUUAAUCCCAAUGAAAGUCUCUACGGGAAUUACUUUGCGUAUUUAUUUGACGCUAGGCAGAAAAUAGUCGCCUGUAAUCUAGCGUGCGCAAACUGGUCGUCAACGUACGAUGGAGUUGACGAAGAUCUUGACAAAGAUAAUGAAGAAGACGAAGACGAUGAAAAUGAGGAAGAAAUAAAAUUAAAAGUACAACUUAAUCAUAUGCAAAAAUUAUUCAAAAAUUUAUCUAAUAAUGAUAUUUUAGAUAGCGUUAAAUCGUUAUUGGAUUAUGAUGAAAACAAUCAUGUCAAUUAUAAAAUAAGUGAUAUUAUUAAAUUAAAUGAAGAUGAUGAUAGUAAAGAAGGUACUGAUGAAACAGAUAAAAUACAAAAUAAUGAGGUCAAUAAAGAAACUCUUGAGUCUGAUAUUAUAAGCUUAUUAAACGAACAAGUAGAUGUAAGAAAUAAAGAUAGUGCAAUAAGCAAAACUGAAGAUUACGAUAAUCAUAAGCCAGCAAUUAAUGAAGAGCCGACAAAAAUUGACCCAAUGUUUUCGAUGGGCGAAAGCAGUGGAUACGAAAGUCUUGCGAUGAAAAAUUCGUCUGAAAUGUCCUCAAUUGAAGACGAUAAUAACGACGAAUUUGAAGAUAAAAAUGAUGAGCUGUCUGUCGCUGAACAACGGAAUGACAGUGUCAUAAUAAAUACAACGGAAGCUAACAGCGAUAGCUGCAGCAGUAAAGGAGCUGUGAAAAAAAAAGUUGUGCAGGAUGAUUACUUAAACAGUAAACCUGAUAUUGGAGUUUUUUUGGACGUUCUUUUGAAGAAAUUAGAGAACAUGACUAGCAAUAAUUUAUAUGUUAAUUUACACUUGACUGGUUUAAUCAGCAGGCUGGCUAUUUAUCACCAACCGUUGUUACAAUCAUUUUUAUUGAAUCCGUCUUUGGUGUUCCAGCCUAGUAUCAGGUCGUUAUUUCAGAUUUUAGCUUCUUUGAAACACAAGAUGGACAAAUACUUAUCAAAAGUUGAGAAUGUUGACGAAUUAGUUAAGCAAGCGCGCGUGUUCUUAAUAAAUCGUGAGUUUAGAAUUAUUGGCGCUAAAAAUAAUCCUUCCAUGUCGAAUUUAUCAACGCCGAUGAUGAAAAAAGAAUCAUUCAGCCAAGACUCUUUUAUAAGAAAUGAACCAAAAAGACGUAGUCUGACUUCAUCAUUAACGCAAAUAUUCAAGUUUGGAAGUAACAGUCCUCCACAAAGUUUAAAAAGCGUAACUUCAGAAGAUACUCCUGAACAAAACAACGAUUUUAGCUUCAAAUACCCAGUCGUAACACCCACGCAACACGUCGUAAUUUGUGCCGUUAUUAUGGACGAGUGGCUGAAAGAACUUGCGGCUAUCACGCAAGAACAUUGUGUGUUAUCAUUAAAUAGUUGGAUAUAACAUUAACUUAUAAUAUAAAAGAAAUUUAUAUGUGUAAAUUACUAAAGUGUAUAUACAAUAAUACAUAUACAAAUUUAUGUAAAAAUUAUAUUAAGGAAUAGAAAAGAAGAAAUAAAAAAUAUUUGUUAUUAA